GAUGAGCCGCCGGAUCCUGACGUCAUCGAGGUUGAUCCCACUCGCCGUUACGUUUGCUAUAAGGACAUACUAGGUAAAGGAGCAUUCAAGACUGUAUAUAAGGCUUUUGAUGAACUUGAUGGGAUUGAGGUGGCAUGGAGUCAGAUUAAGCUUGAUAAUAUGUUGCAAACCCCUGAAAACUUGGAGAGGUUGUACUCUGAGGUUCAUCUCUUGAAGUCUCUGAAACACGAGAACAUUGUUAAAUUCUACACCUCGUGGGUUGACGAGGGGAACAGGACUAUUGACAUCAUCACCGAGCUUUUCACUUCGGGCAGCUUGAGACAGUAUCGUAAGAAACACAAGAAGGUUGAUAUGAAAGCUGUGAAGGGAUGGGCGAGACAAAUAUUGACGGGCUUGAACUAUCUCCACAGUCAGAAGCCCCCUGUCAUACAUAGGGAUUUGAAAUGUGAUAAUAUUUUCAUUAAUGGAAACCAUGGUGAGGUGAAGAUUGGAGAUCUUGGGCUGGCAACUGUUAUGCAACAGACUAAAGCCCGGAGUGUGAUUGGGACACCUGAGUUUAUGGCACCCGAGCUCUAUGAUGAAGAUUAUAAUGAGUUGGUUGAUAUAUACUCGUUUGGGAUGUGCAUGCUGGAAAUGGUUACCUUCGAAUACCCCUACAGUGAGUGUACAAAUUCUGCUCAGAUAUUUAAAAAAGUCUCUACUGGUGUCAAGCCUGCUGGUCUUUCAAAGGUUAAGGAUCCAGAAGUGAAGGCCUUUAUAGAGAAAUGCUUGGUACCAGCUGCUGAGCGUUUGUCAGCGAAGGACCUUCUGAAAGAUCCUUUUCUCCAAUCAAAUGGGGUUCAAGCGAAUGGUCCUUUGCAGUUACCUGAAUUCAACAUACCAAAGUCAUGUUCCUCAAGAGAAAAGCCAGCUCUCAAGGUAGAACCUAAAAGUAGUGCACAGCAGAUGAAACCAUCUCAAGGCACUCAGGUAGUUAGCGCAGGGCCUCCAAUUGUAACUGCAAUUGAGAAAUCUGGUGGUGAGAGUGUGACUCUGCAGGUCCUGCAGAGGAGGAAUGGCAUUAAAUUUAAUUUGAAAGGGCAGAGAAAGGAUGAGAAGUUUGUAUCUUUGGUAUUACGGUUAGAAAAUGAGGACGGUAAAGUAAGCCGUAUUGAUUUUAACUUUUUCCUCGACAGUGAUACAGCACUUUCAGUUGCAAGUGAAAUGGAUUUUCAACAACUUGAACUCGUCAACAAGGACAUCAAGUUUAUAGCAGAGUUGAUCGAUCUUAUACUGGUGAACUUGGUAUCUGGAUGGAAGCCAUGUGUUGAUAUUAAUCAUCUUGCUUCCGAAAAUGGACAUGGAAUCCUGAAUGAUGAACAAAGAAAUCUGGAAUUGGUCAAGGAUGCAGAAAGCUCAAAUGGAUCACUGCAUAUUGUUUCUGGAGCUGCCCAGCUCUCCAACUACCCCUCUACUAGUUCUGGCUUAAUUGAAAACGACAAGCAUCCGAUAGAUGAUUGUGCUGAUCAGCACUGCAAACUUAAUGGUGAUUUUGAAUCUUCAAAUGCUGCUGUCUCAAAUUUUGACGGCUCAUUCUCUUUGGGAUUAUCAUGUACAGGAGAUAAGCCCCCAAAUGCAUGCAUGUACUCUCCUUUGGGCUGCAUAGAUUCUAACGGGUACAAGAUGGAGGGAAAGGUAAAGGACACACUAUCUGCAGUAGUUGAAAAUGGUGCUCUUUUCGAACAGAAGACUCUGCGAGUUGAUGUAAGCAGCAAUGUGCCGGCCAUUCUUGGUGUUUCAGACGAUAAUUCUCUACUGAGAUUGGUUGAUGAAGUUGAUGAGGAGUUGAGAGUGGAGUUGGAUAUGUUAGACUUGCUGUAUCAACAGGUAAUGAAAGACAUAUCUCGGAAAAGGCUGGAGGCCAUUGUGGCAGCAAAGAGAAGGGCGGAGGAGAGGAAGCAAUCGUUUAAUCUCUGAUCUUUCCUCCUCAACAUGUUUGCUUUGUAUUUUCUGUGGGAGAUAAUCCUUAGGAAACACUUUAAACAGCAUUAUUAUAGCUGUUUCUAUGUCCUUCUUUUUUAUGCUAAUGGCAUUGGCAUCUUGGUUACUG